CUUUUCUUUUCUUGAUCAAACCUUAUGUUAUCUUUUGAAACUGGAACUUAUGACACUUCUUGGCUGUUUUCCUUUAAAUGUUGUUUUAUCAAGUGCUGUUCGCAACUUGCUUACUUAUCAUUCUGGGUAUAAACAACUGAGGGAGGCUUAUGUGACCGUAGUGGUCAAAAUGGUCGAUGACAUGUACACCCAAUCAGACUUUUUUUUUUCUUCUAACAUACAAGUUUCUAGCACAAAAUACCAUUUUUCUUGAUUGUUAAGAUUCUUGGCUCUGGGGAUCUCACAUUCAGGGUAGAUAAAGUGUAUUUUCCCUGGUCAAUCAUUUUAGUUGAAGGGGUGGAAAUCAAGCAGUGAACUUUGGGAAUUAGCUGUUGCAUGGGGAAGGAACUUUCUUCAACAAUGAUAAGAAGUGGUGUUCUGCCUCUGUGGAAGAAUAUGGGCAACAGUCCUAUAUGGGGUUUAUUCAAGAGCCCAAGGGGAAUUUUCAAGAAAGAUGAAUUAGGCCUUGAGAUAGGUCAGAUUGCGUUGCCAGCAGCGCUGGCUCUAACUGCUGACCCCAUUGCUUCUCUUGUUGAUACUGCAUUUAUCGGCCAUAUAGGUCCUGUGGAGCUUGCUGCUGUUGGAGUUGCCAUUGCUAUUAUUAAUCAAGCAUCAAAAGUUGCAAUAUUUCCGCUUGUUAGUGUGACAACUUCUUUUGUUGCUGAAGAAGAUGCUAAAGGAAGUUCAAGAGCUGAAUAUCGGGAGACUGAAAUGGCAGAGAAACAAUCUGCAUCAGAUAAUGAAAAGGAACAGUUGAUGCCAAAAAUGGAAAUGACAGGUGGCAUGGCUACUAAAAGACAUAUAUCAUCAGCUUCAUCAGCAUUGAUUAUUGGUGGCGCUCUUGGCCUCAUCCAAGCUGUAAUCCUCAUUUGUACAGCAAAACCACUGUUGAGUUACAUGGGUGUGAAAUCAGAUUCUCCUAUGCUGAAACCAGCAGUGAGGUACUUAACAGUGAGGUCGCUUGGAGCUCCAGCUGUUCUUCUCUCAUUGGCAAUGCAAGGAGUUUUUCGAGGUUUUAAGGACACGAAAACUCCUCUAUACGCUACCAUGGUUGGAGAUGUGGCAAAUAUCAUAUUGGAUCCAAUUUUCAUCUUCUUGUUCGGUUUGGGAGUAAGCGGUGCUGCUAUCGCCCACGUCUUAUCUCAGUACUUGAUUUCAUUGAUACUCAUGUGGAGAUUGAUGGAACAAGUCAAUCUCUUACCUCCGACAAUCGAAGACCUUCAACUGUCUCGGUUUCUCAGGAAUGGACUUCUGCUAUUAUUCAGAGUGAUAGCUGCAACUUUCUGUGUGACGCUGGCAGCUUCUUUGGCUGCAAAACUUGGAUCAACGUCCAUGGCUGCUUUCCAAAUCUGCUUGCAGGUUUGGCUGGCGACCUCCUUGCUUGCUGAUGGUUUGGCUGUGGCCGGACAAGCCAUCCUGGCCAAUGCAUUUGCAAGAAAUGACUAUGAGAAGGUCAUGGCUACUGCUUCUCGUGUUUUACAGUUGAGUUUGGCUCUUGGGCUGAUUCUGUGUAUUGUUGUUGCCAUUAUACUACAAUUUUCAUCGCGACUCUUUACAGAUGAUAUAAAUGUCCUUCGCCUUCUACAGUUGGGCAUCCCGUUUGUGGCAGUGACUCAACCGAUCAAUUCGCUGGCUUUUGUUUUUGAUGGAUUGAACUAUGGAGCAUCUGAUUUCACAUAUUCUGCUUACUCAAUGGUUUUGAUCGCUGUAUUCACGAUCAUAUGCCUAUUCCUGCUAUACUCGAGCAAUGCUUUUGUCGGUAUAUGGCUUGCAUUAUCUAUCUUUAUGAGUCUCCGAGCAGUCGCUGGAUUCUUGAGGAUAGGAACAAGAACAGGACCGUGGAGCUUCCUUCGUGGUUGAUCACUCCCCCUGAAUACUUCACAGGCCUAUUUGUUUCAUUUUCAUUCACUUGUAUGUAGCUGUGUGCAUAAAAAUCUCUAUGUAAAAAUAUUAUUUCAGAAGUUUAGGAGCCUAAAUUUGACAAACGAGUUUUCUUGAACUAUGAACGAUAACAUAAUGAGUCGGUAUGUUAGUAUUUUUUUA